AUGGCAGAGGCCGCUGAUGCAGUCAACGUUCUGUCUAAAUUCUUAUCCGACGAAAGAAUUGACGGAGUCUCGGGGGUCAAUCGGUUCUUCGAGUCGCUGCCAACCUCCCAGCCAGCCGCGCCACCUACCGACGCCAUAGUCUUCUGUGCCUCGUCCGUGCUCGCCUUGGCCGAUGUCGUUUUCUCAGCAUUCAAUGGAGGAGAACCAUCUGAUAACUCUGAACUUGACCAAAAGAUUGAUCUAGACGGAAGACGCACAGUCCUGGUGCUUUGCGGCGGCAUCGGUCACUCUACCCCGUUCUUGUAUGACGCAGUUGCCAGACAUCCAAUCUACAACGUAAUCGCAGACGAAGUCCAGGGGAAACCAGAAGCACGCGUCUUGCAGCUGAUUGCCGAGCGAUGGUUUGGGAUUCAAGCCCUCGAAGCUGGUCCAGAGGCUGCCAUGGUGCUCACCAAUGACCGAGAUAAGUUUGUUGUCGUAGUUGAAGAUCGUUCCAAAAACUGCGGCGCAAACGCAUCCGAGUCAAAAAAAGUUCUUGAGGCCUGCGGGAUCACCUCACCGCGGUCGAUCAUAGUUGUACAGGAUCCCACCAUGUCAAAGAGGACCGUUGCAACCUUUGAGAAGACGUAUGCCAUCAACUCUAAAUCUACACCUCACAUCACCAGCUGGCCAACAUUCACGCCAAAGGUUCACGUAAAAUCUGGCGUGAAUGAGGAGGGAAAACAUGAUCCACUAGCACUGCUCCAGUACUUCGUGCAACAAAGUCGUGGCAUUACCUCAAAUGGCCUAUGGGACAUGGGACGGUUUGUGGACUUACUGAUGGGGGAGGUACCUCGUCUCAGAGAUGAUGCAAAUGGUUAUGGCCCCAAUGGCAAAGGGUUUCUCGUACAUGUGGAUAUUCCGGAGGAGGUCGAACGUGCUUGGAAACAUCUUGACGACGCAAUUGGGGCCACAGGACGAGAUCGAUAG